CCUUCUCCUUCUCCUUCCUGCCGACUCGCCCUUUUCUCGACGUUCGUUUCUGAUAUCCCGACAGCGUUAGCCAUAGCGCCUUCCGCCUUUCGCCUUGUUUUGUAAUCGCGACCGAACCCACCAGGCACGACACUCCCGCAGAGGUCGAGCUGCUGAAAGAGCUGAGGUACCUACUACAUCCAGCUCCGACCCGGACACCACUUCGGGACACCCUCAGCUCUGCUCGCAGAGGGACCAGAACAGGAUUACCUCCCUCUCUUCCACCAGACUCGGGUAGAGCAGCACCUCAUCGGACAGUCCCGGGUUGAAAGGACCUUCCUAUGGCUGCUGGCGCAUCGCCCUGACAAGACAGGACAAUCCACAUCACUCGUCUGUUCCAACUGCAAUGGACGUCGCUGGCAAUGUCCUCUUCCACGCCGCAGAUCUGGUGCUCCGCCAGGCCACCGAAACGACCGACACCCCAACGAGCACCGUCUCUGCCACGCCCUCCUCCACUUCUUCUGCAGCGAGUGGCACGACUGCUCGUCCCGGCUACUAUAAAAUCGUGGGCAUCGUCUUGGCCGUCACCUCGGGACUCUUUAUUGGCACGUCCUUUGUGAUCAAGAAGAAGGGCUUGUUAUCAGCGAACGUCAAAUACAGCGAAGAGGCGGGAGAGGGCUAUGGAUAUCUCAAAAACGCCUGGUGGUGGUUGGGCAUGACACUGAUGAUCGUGGGAGAGAUUUGCAACUUCGUCGCAUAUGCCUUCGUCGAUGCCAUCUUGGUGACCCCACUGGGCGCCAUCUCCGUCGUGGUGUGCGCCAUCCUGUCCUGGUGGAUCUUGAAGGAGAGGCUCAGCUUUGUGGGAUGGGUGGCAUGCUUUCUCUGCAUCGUCGGAUCUGUCACCAUCACGCUCAAUGCACCAGAGCAGUCGGCCGUCUCGAAUAUCCAGGAAAUGCAGCACUACGUGAUUGCGCCUGGCUUCCUCAGCUUUGCCGGCGUCAUCAUUGUAGGCUGCAUCGUCGUGGCUGUGUGGGUGGCGCCCAAGUACGCCAAGAAGAGCAUGAUGGUCUACCUGACCAUAUGCAGCUUGAUUGGAGGUCUGAGUGUGGUGGCAACUCAAGGCCUGGGUGCUACUAUCAUUGCAGCUAUUGGGGGAGAGCAGCAGUUCAACAAGUGGUUCACUUAUGUGCUAUUAGUUUUUGUGAUAUGCACACUGCUGACAGAGAUAAUAUAUUUGAACAAAGCACUAAACAUCUUUAACGCUGCGCUAGUCACGCCGACAUACUACGUCUACUUCACCUCUUCGACGAUAAUUACAUCAGCGGUGCUGUUUCGUGGUUUUCAUGGCACGACCAACCAGAUCAUUGAUGUUGUCAUGGGCUUCUUGACCAUCUGCUCCGGCGUCGUCCUACUACAACUGGCCAAGUCAUCCAAAGAGAUACCGGAUAGCAAAGUGCUGAGCGGCGACCUAGACCAAAUCAGGGCCGCAGCUGAAGUCGAAGAGCCUGAGUACGAGCCUCGAGCAGACACUAUACGUGGCGGAGCCGGUAUCAUCCGAGCACUUAGUAGGACGAGGACGAAGAAAGAGGCAGAAGAGGUGAAGAGGAUCAACGAAGAGCGCAUGCAACCCAUUGGCGAGAAUGAAGUGGCGGAAUGGGAUGGCCUCCGAAGACGAAUGACAGUCUCUACGCAAGGCGGCUCCGUGAGACGAUCCAAGACACCGCAUCCACCACUGGGCAUGUCCCAAUUCCCACCGGACGACAUCAGCGAGCCUGACAGUGAGGUCCAUCCUGGAUUCUUUGGCAGAAUCGGCAGAAACUUUACACAAAGACGUCAGCAGAGAGGACACAGCCCCGUACCUCUCGAUAGCGUCAGUGUGGGCAAGCACGAAUACAGCAUGCCUGGUGAACCACAACGAGUCGACGGCCACGAUGAUGAUGAUGAGGACGACACGGCCUACAAGGGCGCGACCAGCAGUUCUCAACAUAUUCACUUCUCGGACCAGGCAAGCGAACGAGACCGCGCAGUCUCACAAUCUAGCAGUCUCGCACCUCCACGGCCCCCUCCACACGGUAACGGUAGUCGUCCCAACACUGGUGGUGCCAGUCGACAAUUCUCCUUCCAGAAUGUCUUCUCGCGAAACAGAUCCGAUGCGGGCUCGGUGGACGCAGGCAUAAGGCCUCUUAGUAGAGGUGCCUUAUCCUUUCAGAGUCGAGGCAGCGCUAGUCGAGAGUAUCCUCGAGCAGCUACUACGACAGAGGAAGAACGGCUCGGACUCGUCCAUGGCGAUUCCCAUAAGAAUUUGCCUGUGUACACUGAAGAGCCAGAAGAGCAGGAUGCUUCUUCGAUCCGACGCAGCGAUAGUGAUGAGUGGCAUAUCCCGAGCGGUCGCAGUUCUAGUCCGGAUGCCCUUGGUGCCAGUCCCUCUGGCAAUGUGGGAAGCAGUGGUGGAAGAAGACGGAGAGAUGAUUAUGACGAUGAUAAUGAUGAUGAUGAUCUUUAUGAUGCACACAUUCCGAGAGAUAACAGUAGUGGUGGGACCGGAAGGAGUGGGAGAGCAUUUGUAUAGCGUUCGAUGCUUUCACAGCGGUUGUCUUGUGUUUUCGCCGAGCAUGGGCAUCAUAGCAAGGCGUUUGGUGUUCUUGCAACCUCAUCAUCAUCAGCAACAGCAGCAGCAGCACCACCAACAAAUACAGCAACGACAACAGUACAAGAGAUGGAUAUUGUGGAAGCCAAGAUUUACGACAUUGCUUGAUGACGGGACAGAACAGUGUUCCGCCAGCUCGUGUGCGCGGGUGUCGGGUAUGUGUAUGCUUGAGAAGAAGAUGUAUAGUUUGUACAUGGCAGUGCCUUUAGAUGAUCAUUUUACUCAAUCGAUGA